CACGAUGGUCAAGAAGCAAAGUAUGCCGGAGAACAAGGAGCUCGUCGAGUACAAGCAGAAGCUCUUUGCCGAAGCCGAGAGGCUCGUCAAAGAGGAAUUUCCGAAGAAAGUUAUCGAGUUCGACGCGUUGCUCAAGAGCCCAAAGCUCUCGUACGAUCGUCUCGCCGAGAUUCUUCCCGAUAAAUCGUUGAAUAUUCCGAUUCCGGAUGCGUUGAACGGCACCACGGACAGCGAUGAGCCAGCGGUAAAGCGUCAGCGAGUCGACGAGAAGCCCAAAGGAGCCCCGAUCUUCGCGUUCAGCAGCGGCACUGUCCCAUGCAACGAGAAUCUCGCCCAACUCAUGGAUCUGGUUCGCCCGAAGCUUCGUGACGCUGUCGAGCAGUGUAACAACGUGAAAAUGUGGAUCACUUUGCUCAUUCCACGCAUCGAAGACGGCAAUAAUUUCGGCGUCGGAAUCCAAGAGGAGACACUGUCCGAAGUUCGGAAUGUCGAAAGCGAGGCCGCCUCGUUUUUGGAUCAAAUGAGCCGAUAUUUUACGACUCGUGGAAAGCUUAUCACGAAGAUUGCUAAAUAUCCACAUGUGGAUGAUUAUAGACGUGCUAUUCUUGAUAUGGACGAGAAACAGUUCAUUAAUAUUAGAUUGGUGGUUCUCGAGAUGCGCAAUCACUUCUCCACACUUCACGAUAUGAUUAUGAAGAACUAUGAGAAGAUCAAGGUUCCACGCACCUCCAACACCGAACAUCUUUAUUAAGGAAUUGAAUCCAUCAUCCUGUUUUAAUGUUUGCUUCGGUCUCAAAUUUUACCCAAUUUUUGAUUGUUCUUUCGAGUUUUUUAUUAUUAUUGUUGAAUUGUUUUUUUGUCCCAGUUUUUUUUGUUUAUUCUCCGCAUUUUUAGGAGCUCUAUUAAGACUAAUUUUUCUU